AUGGCAAAAAGGCACAGUCAUUAUCGUUCAAGAGGGACAUCCCGGCGUUCUGGACGAGGACGAUUCAGAGGGAAAGCAAAGUUUGGCUCCAACAAUAAGAGAUCUACUGAGUUCAAUAUUAAUACUUUGCACGUUGGUGGUGGCGAUCUAAGCAAUCCUCACAUGAUGGAGGAUUAUUACUUUGGGCAUGAUUAUAAACAAGAUUCUAUGAGAAUGGGUGGAUUCAGGCCAGGUAAAGCACAGAAUAAUAUAGAUAAAUCUGAAAGCAGCCUGCCGUUGCGGAAACGCCCUGUCAUUUUUAUAAAAGCUGUGGAAAUAUAUGAUCCUUCUCAUGAUCUCAUUGAAAAGUUGCGUGCCAAGACAUUUAAAAUAUCAGAUGCCAGAGAUGAAACAUUAUUCAAUGAUACCGAUUCUGAAGGAACGCCUGAGGGAGUGCAGAACGAAUCCAAAUUAGAACAUCAUGAUUCUAUUUCGAUCCAUGAAAGAGCAGAUGAUGCUGCUGAAUUGGAAUAUAUUGAGGGUAAUGUCAUGAAUCCGAAACCGGAGUCAAUUCUAUUUACUUCUACGAUGGAGGAGAACAAGAAGUUUAUGAUGUCUGAGGUGCCAGAUGAAAAGCUUUUUUUUGUUGAUGAAGAGCCAGAUCGCGAGCCCUCGCAUAUUAGGACUGUAAGUGUUAAAGAUGAUCCCUGCACUAAACCUCGUUCAUCAAAUGUAAAUUUUGAAAACAGUAUUACUAUUGGAAAAACUGAAUUGCACCUAGCUCAAGAUGGAGAUGGGGAGGUUUUUGUCAGUCUCCCGAAAGGAAAGACACAUCCGUUCCAUCAUGCUGAUUCAGACGUUGAACUAGAUCAAAUCGAUGUUGAAGUUAGUGAUGAUGAUGGUUUUAAUUAUGGGAAUGAACUUCACAAUGCGCGCGAGCUUGAUACCGAGGAUGAGUUUCAUGAUAAUGAUGAUGAUAGUGAGGAGAAUAUAAUGGAAAUGCACUGGAAAUCUGAGGGAAAAGGAUCACAAGAAAUGUCGCCCACCAUAUCUACAAAUAUCAAGAAUUUAACACUGAGUGAUGUGUCCACAACUUCCGAACAGAGUUCUCAAGAAACGUCUGACGCUGAAAAGGCGCCUGAAUUCGGUUUUAUGGAAGAAGAUUUCACAAUCAAUAUUUCGGAAAUUACAGUUACCAAUAUUCGACUUGGAGCCACUGAAAAUUCGUACUACAUGGGUAGCUUCAGGUUUUUUGGUGAUCAUGAAUACCGGUGGGUGGACCAUGAUGACCUCGUUGAGUUUGUUAUGGAGUUGGGUCUUCCAGAACAUCGUGUUCGCCCAUAUCUCGACUUUGUUGUAAAUUCUAUAAUACCCGCUGAAUCUGAGGAAGACAAGCUAGAAAAGAGAAUCGCCAAAGAGGUUGCAGUAUUAGAUGACAGCGAUGAAGAUGAAGAUGAAAAUAGCGACAUUGAAGUAAACUAUUCUGAUGGCGAGGUUUUCCAGCAUGAAGUUAUUACUGAGGAUAUGCGAGAAGGUCUAGAUGACCUUAUAUCGUACUCUGCAAAAUACGAUAAAGUGCGCGACCAGUUUUUCGAGACCAAAAGUAUCACAACUGCAGGCAGAGGCAAUAAGAGAAAACUACUGUUUGAUGAUCAGCUUGAUUUAGAUGCGGAUUUAAGAAAUGUUUUACAAGAUAAAUUUAACACAAGAAAGGAGAAGAAAGCAAACAAGAAAAAGAACAAAGAAGAUUUCAUUUCAGAAGCAAAUAAAGAAUCUGACGAUUUAUUUCUCAAAUAUCCUUAUGGGUUUCAUGUGCAAAAUAUUAAAGAUGAGUUUGAAUUGUUCCUCUCUCGAAACAAGCCAACGAUGGCUUUCCCUCCACUAGAUCCCCAUGGUAAUAAGACUAUUACUAAAUUUGCAGCAGCCUACUUCAUGAAAACUAAGAAGGCCGGUAAGGGUGGUAAGACCCACGUUAUAGUGGAAAAAGUGAAAAAGACAAAGUGGAGCACCCCAAGCUACGGUUACAUAGAUCAGCUAACCCGGCAGAGGCCUUUUUUUAUGCGAAUUGACGUCCGGAAGCCGAUGGAAGAGAGAAUUGCUUCUGAGAAAGUAGUAGUGAAGGGAAAAUUCCGCGUCAAGGAAGGCGGGCUGGUAGGUGAGAAUGCGCCUGCUAUUGGUAGUGAAAACAUUGGUAGAAGAAUGCUAGAAAAACUAGGCUGGUCCAGUGGGCAAGGUCUUGGUGCACACGGUAAUAAAGGUAUUAGUGAGCCUAUCCUAGCAAAAGUGAAGAUCUCUAAAUCCGGUUUGCGCCAUUCUUAG